AUGUGGUUCCCACUGGUCAGACUCCUGAUUACCCUUCUACUCGCCGCAUCACCAUCUGUCGCAAAGAAAUGCGAGAUAAGUCCAUUGGGAGAAGGUCUUGACGAUACUGAACAAGUCGAAACUGCCAUCGAGGAAUGUGGGCGACACGGUUGGACCGUGCUCAAUCCUGGGCUGUAUAACAUUACCAGAAAGAUGACGUGGGAUUUGCAUUCAUCCAAGGUCGAUCUGUACGGGUAUUUGAACUUCCAGCCGGACAUUGAGUAUUGGUUGGAUGCAGAGAACACAUACAGGGUGGUUUUUAUACAGAGUCAAGCCUCGUGGUUUGUCGUGACAGGAUCCGACUUCACCAUCGACGCGCAUAACGAAGGUGGUAUCCAGGGUAAUGGACAGCCAUGGUGGGAGUACUUCACGACACACACCAGGGCUGAUGGCGAUGGUCGACCCCUAUCUCUAACUCUCUACCGCGCGACCAAUUCUCUGGUGAAGGACUUUCAUAUCCAAUCGCCGCCAUUCUGGUGUAACGCUGUAGCCGAGUCGAGCGGUAUCAGAUAUGAAGGGAUGGUUUGUAACGCGACCAACAGCAAUCCACAAUUUGCAGGUCAGAAUAUUGUUCCUAAUACGGAUGGGAUAGACACAUAUCGAAGCGACAAUAUUACACUGUUGAAUUGGGAUGUAACGUGUGGGGAUGACUGCCUGGCUAUCAAAGGAAACUCGACCAAUGUACUCGCCCGAAAUAUUACCUGCCGCGGAGGGAACGGGAUUGCAUUUGGUUCCUUGGGGCAAUAUUACAAUUUGAGCGACCAAGUCGACAACGUUCAUCUAGAGGACCUGCAAAUGAUAAGAAUAGAUGCAAACGUGCAGCCCAACAUGGAAACCGGCGUUUACUUCAAAACUUGGACUGGUACUGUCAACGGAUCCCCACCGACAGGCGGUGGCGGAGGAAAAGGUUUUGUAUCCAAUAUUGUUGCCAAGAACGUGCUUUUGGACCGGGUGACCCUACCGCUCCAUUUGUAUCAAACGAACGGCGGACAUAGCGGGGACCUACCAUCUCUGAUCACUUUUGCGAACCUGCAGUUCCUGAACUGGAGCGGGACCGCAAUGACCAACGAGAUUGUAGACAUUGAGUGUAGCACAAGCUGCGAUGAGAAAAGCAAAGAAGAGGAAAGAAAUUUCCAGGUAGCCGUACCGUUAGAGGGGAAAGACGGGGAACGGGUCGCGACAAGCAAGAUCGCGGUAGCUUCGAGGGAACGCGGGUACUUGUUCCCCUUUGAAAUGGACUCGUCAGGCAGCGAGGGGGAGCAGGCAAUAUCCGGAAAACGGACGUAA